UGGGCCACGCAUAGGAUUGAAAGAGGAGCCAAGGACAACAACCAUCUCUUGUACAAGCCUUACUCUAAUGGUGAGUGAUGGGCUCUGUGUAUGAGUGUGUUCUGUGUUGUUGUUGAUGAGUGUGUCUGAAGGGUAAAUUGGUAGGUGUUAACCAUUUCCCAUGUCUCCCUGAUGCAUUGCAGGCAUCAUCGCCAAGGAGCCCACCUCCCUGGAGGAGGAGAUCAAGGAGAUCCGCCGCAGUGGCAGUAACCGGGACCUGGACUCCGCCUCCGUAUUUGAGAUGUCCGACAUCUUCUACUUCUGCCGGCAAGGAGUUGAGAGCAUCAUGGACGACGAGGUGACCAAGAGGUUUUCUGCUGAGGAGCUGGAGUCAUGGAACCUGCUGACCCGUAGCAACUACAACUUCCAGCACAUCAGUCUGAGGCUGACUGUCCUGUGGGGGCUGGGGGUGGUGAUCCGCUACGGCUUCCUUCUGCCUCUC